AUGGCCUCUGCAGGACCAGAAUGUGCUAAUCUGGGUCCCAAACAGGAGAAGAGCAUUGGGCUUGGGUCAGGCACCCUUCUGACAAGGAGGGCUCAGCCACACCGGGCCUGGCACCUCAUUCAGCAGCAGGCAAAACCCAUCUGGAAUUUAGAGAAGAAGUAUGUGAGCGCUUUCCAGGAUCGUGGCCUGCUGCCCUCAGGGAUUCCUCUGCAGCAAUCCUGCGUCUUGUGCUCACCAUCACUAUGCCACGCACACCCCGGUGAAGACGCCUUCCCGAGCCUGCCCUUGGCCCAGCCCUGCCUGGACCUGGGUGGGAGCACUCUGCUCUACCGACGCUCCUGCUUCAGACCCAAGCCCUACAGGUUUCCUUUCCGAAGCCCUUCAGACACCAGCUCUGCCACAGGAAGGGUUAUGUCUUCCUUGCUGAUGGAGCCCUGCCUGCUGCCUGCGCUGCCGGAGGAGCACUCUGGGACUGGGGUCAAAGGCUCUGCCCUUAGCUCAGGUCGGCAGGCUUCCAGCUCUUGUAGACCAGUGCUCAAUAACAACUCCUUCCUACAGUCAAGCAGUGCUAAAGUGCCUUUGCUGCAGUCACUGGAGAUCAAGAAGGUAAAAAACACCCACAGCUUCCCUGCCACCUCAUGGCCCUGCUCCAGGGAUGAUGGGAACCGCUCCCCCAGCAGUCUGGUCAAUGGAGCAGUGAAAAGCAGCGACCUUGUGUUGGAGCAAACCACGGUCCCCUCCCUGACCCUUGUGCCCAGCGGUGCCAUCCUCAGGAAGGACCGGUGCUCGCAGGAGGAUGCUGAGAGGAGAGCGCACAGCUUAAAAGCAAAGGAGCCAGAGAGCAGCCUCAGAGAUGCUGUGCAGCAGCUAGCCGGACAGACUGCUACAUGCAACGGCUUUGGACAUGAAGUUGAAAGCUCUGGCCUUACGAACGUGGGCAGCCUGUCCAACUGGAACAGCAGGUGGGGGCAGCACAUCAUAGCACAGCUCACCCCAAAAGAAACCAUUGCUCCCCUGAACUUGGAACUGGGUAGCCAUCGCCUUAACGGUAACUCAAGCCUUAUAGGCACCGAUGGUGCCGUCGUCUGCACUAAGUGUAUCAGUGUCCAUCUCUUGGCCUCACGUGCUGGCUCUCCUGACUGCAAAGCUGACUGCCAGCUUGUGAGCAUGCUGAGUCCACACAGCAGGGACCGGGUGGCGAGAGCAGAGCCUCCGCACCUUGCUGCCGUCUCUGAAGUGGCCACUCAGAUAUCCACCAUCCAACUGGAGAAAGAGGAGAAAUGGUCCCAGGCUGUUCUCCCAGAAAAACUUGAUGUUACUGCUGAGCAGUUACCGCUGGAGCCGAGCCAUCCCCAGGACGAAGCGGAGGAAGAACUUCCUGAUGGCCUGGAUGAGAGCUGCAGUCAGGAGGAGGACGAGGACAGUGACUUGGAUGCUUCCUCUGUUGCUGGUGUGUCGUCCAGUGGCUCCGUGGCUCUUGUAUCCAGGAACUGCAUUGAGUGCCUGGCCCAGCCCACUGAGGCUCAGGAAAAAGUGCUCAAACCAGCUCUUGUCUGCAGUUUAUUCCCUAAUGUGCCUCCAACCAUCUACUUCAGUACUCGGGAUGAGAGAGUGGAAAAGCUGCCUUGGGAGCAGAGGAAGCUGCUGCGAUGGAAAAUGUGCACAGUCACACCGAACAUAGUGAAGCAAACCGUUGGCAGGUCCCAUUUCAGAGUCAGCAAAAAAAGCAAUGACUGGCUGGGCUGUUGGGGUCACCACAUGAAAUCACCCAGCUUCAGAGCUAUCAGGGAGCACCAGAAGCUAAACCACUUCCCCGGUUCAUUUCAAAUUGGGAGAAAGGACCGUCUGUGGCGCAACCUGUUGAAGAUGCAGGCUCGCUGUGGGAAAAAGGAGUUUAACUUUUUCCCCCAGUCCUUCAUCCUGCCCCAGGACAUCAAAUUACUCAGGAAAGCAUGGGAGGAAGGAGCUAGCCGCCAGAAAUGGAUUGUGAAACCACCAGCAUCAGCAAGAGGCAUUGGAAUCCAGGUCAUCCACAAAUGGAGCCAGCUCCCCAAAAGGAGACCACUGCUGGUACAGAGAUACCUGCACAAACCCUACCUCAUUGGCGGGAAGAAGUUCGACCUGAGGAUCUACGUUUAUGUCACUUGCUACGAUCCCCUCAGGGUCUACCUGUUCAAGGAUGGAUUGGUUCGGUUUGCUAGCUGCAAGUACUCCUCCUCGAUGAAGAGCCUCAGCAACAAGUUCGUGCACUUGACCAACUACAGUGUGAACAAGAAGAACACGGAGUACAAGUCCAACUCGGAUGAGACCGCUUGUCAGGGACACAAAUGGGCACUCAAAGCACUCUGGAGUUACCUGACGCAGAAGGGAGUUAAUAGCGAGGCCAUCUGGGAGAAGAUUAAGGACAUCGUUAUCAAAACCAUCAUUGCAUCUGACCCCUACGUGAACAGCCUGAUGAAGAUGUACGUGCGGCGGCCGUACUGUUGCCAUGAGCUGUUUGGGUUUGAUAUCAUGCUGGAUGAAAACCUCAAGCCCUGGAUCUUAGAGGUCAACAUUUCCCCAAGCCUCCACUCCAAUUCCCCGCUGGACGUGAGCAUCAAGGGCCAGAUGAUCCGGGACCUCCUCAACCUUGCCGGCUUUGUUCUGCCCAGCACGGACAACAUGGUCUCAAGGCCGCAGAUGAGAAGUGGCUCUAGCUGCAGUUUGGGCAGUGCAUUGAAGGAGAAGCCCAAGCCAGCAUCUGAGCAUUUCAUAGCGGAGAAGAUGAAGAAGGCCUAUUACUUGACACAGAAGAUACCUGACCAGGAUUUUUAUUCUUCUGUCUUGGACAUCCUGACCCCAGAUGAUGUUCGCAUCCUGGUGGAGACAGAGGAUGAGUAUUCCCGGCGUGGGCAGUUUGAGCGAGUAUUCCCCACCCACAUCUCCAUGCGGUACCUGCGCUUCUUUGAGCAACCUCGUUACUUCAACAUCCUGGUGACCCAAUGGGAGCUCAAAUACUACUUGAAUAAACACAAAGGUCUGGAGCUACUGAAGAACUGGUGUGUCAAAGGGUACCACACUGGGGCAGGGACGGAUUUGGCCCAGACGUGGUCAUUGCCAAAGUCUUUCUUCCUCCAGAAGAGCAGCGUUCAACCAAAUGGCUUCAGCAAACUGGAACUGGGCAGACUGGGCACACUCCUCCCUUCAGCUGGUGAGGACCUCACAAGAUGCCUGGAGCCCAGCUCUACCCAGAGCUUACCUCUCAACAAGUGCACUGGUGGAGCCAACCAGAAACCUGCUGGCUGCUUCUCGGACACCACCCUGGUGAUGUGA